GAUAUCAGCACCCACUGCAGCAAAGGAACAGACCCCACCUUCUGUGUUUUCAGUCGAAACUGAGCUGAAAUUCAUGCAAGGAAAACUUGUAUUUCCCUUGCAGGAAACAGCUUGGGGAGAACAGAGGUGCUGAGGUAGCUGGAACCACACCUUGGGCUGAAAUCCUUAGAAGGCAACCUCAAGGAGAUGUCCCUGAGAGGUCCAUAUCUGUGUUCCUCCUUAAUAUCAGGAUUUUAUGGAUGGAAAUUAAGAAAAAUGUUGCCUGUGGAAAAUACAGAAGAGCAGAAAGGAAAAAGGCCAAACCUGGAAGCCCACCACUGUUUAGGACACCCACUUUUGUCACCUCAUAUUUUCCCUUAAUUUUUAGCAGCUGCAUGAUGUGAUAUGUAUAGUUCAACCAAUCUCCCUGAUUUUUCUAUAUGAUAUGGGGGUUAUUACGAAAGUUUUGAGAUACGUGAAAAUCAAGAAACGUGGAAUCCGUGCAGACGGAAAGGAAGCCCUCCGAGCAAGGUGAAACUUGCACGGAUAAAUUGGAAAGGACUCUGUUCACUGCAUUUCUUGGAAGUAGAACAAUGGACCGUAACACAGUCUGCAUCAAAACUUUCAUAGUGAGCUACGUAAAUACUGGUGUGACAAACGUCCUGAAUCAGAUUUAGCAGGCAGAGUCCCAUGUGGCAUAAACCUUCCCGGCUGUGUGGAGAGUUGAGAGCAGAGGGGUGCACAGCCCUCUUACUCAGAAUCUUCUUUCUACAUACUCGCCCAAUUUUGAGAUGCAUUUCUUAUAGCAGGUUUCUGUAACACUGACAGAUGUCAGAGCAGUGCAGAAAUCCUUAACUCCAGGGGUGCAAUUUUUCCCUGCAAGGGGAAAGGUCUGCUCACUAAUGGGCACAGAACAAAGGGGCUCCUAAUUCAAGACAGGCCAAAGGGAGAGUAAGAAAGCAUUUUAGCUGAAGGUAUUUACAGAUGUGAUCUCUGGUCCUCGAGGACUCUUGGAAAAUGGGAAAGGUGCCAAAAGACAGCCAGGAAAUGUCCAGGCCUGCAAAACAAAAAGGCAGAUCCCAAGAAUUCCAGGCAGUGAACUUGCCCCCUGAGACCUGAGAUUCUGCAGCAGCCUAUUAAGUGGAUGUGUUUAUGCAUCUGGGAGAAAACCCCAGCACCCCACCCCACCUCCAACAAGAUAGGGCCACCUCUGCCGUGCUGCUGAAGGGUCUGGGUGUGGUGGUGGUGCUCUGAAGGGUUUGGCGGGCAUGGCUCCUGGAGAUGUCUGCGGGUACAGGGCAGUCACCACCCUUAGGACUGUGUCAGACUCACCACCCUACCCAGCCGGGAGGUUGUGGAAUCAAGCAGAGUCUGGCAGGAGAGUCUCUGUUCUGCUUGUUAGGACUUUGCAUUCCUUGGUGAGAAGUGAUACAGGGGAGGAGGGGGACCUUUGAAACAUUGUUCUGGCUUUAGUCCCUGCUCUCUGCCCUCCUGAGCCUUAGCACCCUCAUCUGUAACAAGAAGUCCUGUGUCCAGCACAGCACCUGCCUGGCCCACAGGAACCCUAGUGAACUAUCAGUUUGGUCUUUACUCUCCAGUGUCCUGGAGUUGGCAACCCCUUCCCUCCACUGCCCUGUACAGAUCCAGCAGGGAGGAGCUUGGCCCAAGGCUAAGAACUUAGCAGCUGGACUGCAGCCCCUCCUCUGGCCUCACUUUCUCCUGGCUCCUCCCCCUGCCUGGGAGGGCACAAAAAGCUGAUUGUGAGCAAAUUCUUGGCCUAGCUCUGCCCAGCCUGGGGCAGAAAUGGCUGCCUGUGGCAGAGGUCUCUGCAGGGCAGUGGGCGCCUCUCCCCGCCCUGCUUGGAGACAAGCUCACUGGGAAGCCAGGGGCGACCUGAAGCCCGAGUAUGACGCAGUGGUCAUAGGAGCAGGACACAAUGGGCUGGUGGCUGCAGCGUACCUGCAGAGACUGGGGGUGAGCACAGCAGUCUUCGAGAGGCGCCAUGUGAUCGGGGGUGCAGCUGUCACUGAGGAGAUCAUCCCAGGGUUUAAGUUCUCCCGAGCGUCCUACCUCCUCAGCCUGCUGAGGCCGCAGAUUUACACGGACCUAGAGCUGAAGAAACACGGGCUGAGGCUUCAUCUUCGAAACCCCUACUCCUUCAGCCCUAUGCUGGAGGAGGGCACAGGGAGCAAGGCACCUCGCUCCCUUCUGCUGGGUGCAGACAUGGCGGAGAACCAGAAGCAGAUCGCCCAGUUCUCACGGAAGGAUGCCCAGGCCUUUCCCAGAUACGAGGAGUUCAUGAAUUGCUUGGCAUCAGCCAUUGAUCCUCUGUUGGAUGUGGCCCCCGUGGACCUGGCGGCCUUCCAGCGUGGCCCCCUGCUGCAGAGGGUCAGGUCGCUUGCCACUCUCAAACCGCUGCUGCAGGCAGGCCGCAUCCUGGGGUCCCAGUUUCCCCUCUAUUAUGAGGUCCUCACGGCCCCCAUUGCCAAGGUGCUGGAUCAGUGGUUCGAAUCAGAGCCUCUAAAAGCCACUCUAGCAACAGAUGCUGUGAUUGGGGCCAUGGCGAGUCCCCACACUCAGGGGAGCGGGUAUGUGCUGCUGCAUCACGUGAUGGGGGGCCUAGAAGGGAUGCGGGGGGCCUGGGGCUAUGUCCAGGGGGGCAUGGGUGCCCUUUCCAAUGCCAUCGCCAGUUCUGCUACCACACACGGAGCAAACAUCUUCACUGAAAAGGCGGUGGCUAAAGUGCAGGUGAGCAGUGAUGGCCAUGUUCAAGGAGUGGUGCUGCGAGACGGCACAGAAGUGAGAAGCAAAGUGGUGCUGUCCAAUGCGUCGCCUCAGGUCACCUUCCUGAAGCUGGCACCGCAGGAGUGGCUUCCUGAGGAGUUUGUGGAAAGAAUCUCUCAGCUGGACACCCAGUCUCCUGUUACCAAGAUCAACGUGGCUGUAGACAGGCUGCCCAACUUCCUGGCAGCCCCCAAUGCCUCUGGGGGGCAGCCACUGCCCCAUCACCAGUGCUCCAUCCAUCUGAACUGUGAAGACACCCUCCUCCUCCAUCAGGCCUUUGAAGACGCCAUGGAUGGCCUGCCUUCCCGCAGGCCUAUGAUUGAGCUGUGUAUCCCCUCCUCGCUGGACCCCACCCUGGCUCCCCCCGGCUGCCACGUCAUCUCCCUCUUCACUCAGUACACGCCCUACACGCUGGCUGGAGGCAAGGUCUGGGACGAGCAGGAGAGAAACGCUUAUGCAGACAAAGUGUUUGACUGCAUUGAGGCCUACGCCCCUGGCUUCAAGGCCUCUGUGGUGGGUAGAGACAUCCUCACGCCACUAGACUUGGAGAGAAUCUUUGGGCUUCCUGGAGGGAGGGAGUGCCUUCCUGGAGACAGCAUGUGCUCAGAUUCCUCUUCAGUUUAUCGACAUCCAGAGACAGGAGGCAGUGGGCGCCGUGCCUAAGGAGCCAUGUCUAACAGCCUCACGUGGCUACUGAGUGCUGAGCAGGUCCUAGGCCAAAGUGAAAUGUGUUGUCAAUGUAGAAUGCACCCAGCCGGCAGAGACAUAGUAUGGAAAAUAUCUUGUUAGUGGUUUUCAUAUUGAUUACAUGUUGAAAUGGUAAUUUUUAAAUAUAUUCGGAUAUUAAAUAAGAUGUAUUACUGACAUUAAUUUCACCAGUCUGCUUCUCCCUUCUGAAUGUGGCUGAAAUUACAUAUGCGGCUCUGCGUCUCACUGGACAUCACUGUCUCACAUGUAGAGCAGCAAAGCCGGGCGGCAGGGGGGAAGGCUCAGGUCGGGGUGGAGGGUGGGGCAGGUGGCUCGAGCAAUCUGGAGGGGCCAUCUGUGAGGGAGCUGAGGGGAGGAAGAGGGUGUCAGCCACUGAGGCACGGAGAUGGGGGAGAGGGACUCAAGGAAAGGCCAUGGGUCAGCUGGGACAAGGUGGGGGCAGGGAGGGACAACCCCAUGACGACAUCCCGCAGACUUUGGUCAUCUUGUCCAGACCUCCCCUCAGGUCUGAUCUUCCUCUCACCCCACGCUGCCUCCCUCUUGUCCUGGGGCUUGUCUGAGCCAGUGGCGCAGACCCUCACAUCUGCCUUUUACUGUGACCUUGCUGGAACUUGGACACCAGGGGUCAGGCCCAGGUGGACACCUUGGCCAAAGAAACACGUUCCAGCAAAGCGUGUGCCAGCAGCCAACACAAGUCAAACUCUUAUUUUUCAUCAGAAUGAGGGAGAUUCACAGUCCACAGAAAACCCUUACAAUCACUUUUUUUUUCCCCAUUCACUUUCCUCAUCCUCUGAAGAUGUGUCCCACCCUUCUUUCUUCCUGAGAAAUGCCCCUGGAAAUCCCCCACCGCAGUCCUAGGACAUGUGUCCAGUCUCUCUCAUCCCCUUACCUUUCCUCGUUUUAAUAACCAAAAAAUACCCUGGAAGGAAAAGAGCUUUCCUUGGAGGGCAGUGGAGGAAACCCAGCCAGGGCAAUGAGGGCUGCAAUGCUCCUGUGUUA